AGGGGCGGAACCGCGCGAGCCCCACCAAACAGCCAGCUUCACAACGGACGAGAGGCGUCAGACAAAAAAUAGAAUCUGGUUGCUCAUCUCAUCUCACGACUCAUAAAAAAAUAGCGUCUUUUAUCAUAUCCGUUGCUCGCAAAACGCCCCCACACGCCGCCGGCGAAUCGGCGACUCCCCUUGCGACGGGAGGAAGCAGCCACGCCGCCGUCUCGGCGACUCCCUGACGACUGCCUCUCCGGUCUCGAACGCGAUCUGGCCCAUGGUGGCUCUGGCGCCGUUGGUUCGUGAGAUCUAGGGUUGUCGAGCGCCGCGGAGUGGGAGCGGAUGGGGCGCCGGAAGAUGUCCGCAGCGGCGCCGCCGUCCCGGAGCUGGUCCAACGUUGGCGGGAGCGUAAUCCCCGAACUACUUGCAAAACACAAAAUGGACUUGGAAAAUUUGACGCUGACAAAACAUCCAAUCAGAACAUUACAUUUUUUCCUGUUAGCCAUGUUACAAUACUUGAAAAGAUUAGCAACAUAUAUCCUGAGAAAGAGUGGUUUGUUCUUUCUCUUAAUUGUUUUGGUGGUAGCUUCCGGAAUCUUACUCUCUAUUUCAGAUGGCCUGCAUAAGAAGGAGUUCCUUAAUUAUGCUAAAUUCGUGUUGUGGUGGAUUUCAUUAGGUGUGGCUUCAUCAAUUGGACUAGGUUCUGGGUUGCAUACAUUUGUGCUGUAUCUAGGUCCUCAUAUUGCUCUGUUCACUAUUAAAGCUGUUCAAUGUGGCCGAAUUGAUUUGAAAACGGCUCCAUAUGAUACCAUACAGCUAAAGGUUGGGCCAUCAUGGCUCGACAAGAAAUGUUCUGAAUUUGGUCCGCCUGUGUAUCCAGCAUCAGCUCAUUCUGUUAGGAUCCCCGUCUUUGAUUUACUACCUCAGAUACAGCUGGAAGCAGUUCUUUGGGGCAUUGGGACUGCACUUGGCGAGCUUCCCCCUUAUUUUAUAUCACGAGCAGCUCGCUUAUCAGGAAGCAAGUCAAAAGCUGUUAAGGAGCUUGAUGCCGCUACUUCCAAAGAAGAUGGGACAGUAGCAUCCACUCUUGAUCGCUCCAAGCGUUGGCUUCUUUCUCACUCUCAACAUCUCAACUUCUUCUCUAUCUUGAUACUUGCUUCGGUUCCGAACCCACUCUUUGAUCUCGCUGGAAUUAUGUGUGGCCAAUUUGGUGUACCUUUCUGGGAGUUCUUUUUUGCAACUUUGAUUGGGAAGGCCAUCAUCAAGACUCAUAUUCAGACGCUGUUUAUCGUGUCCUUAUGCAACAACCAGCUCCUGUAUCUUAUGGAAAAGGAGCUAAUCUGGAUAUUCGGUCACAUUCCUGGGUUUUCUGCUACCCUACCAUCUGUGAUUGCCAAACUCCAUGCUGCCAAGGACAAGUAUCUAUCACCACCGACACCAGUCUCGGCGUCCUCACAGAUGGAGGAGAAAAGUUGGAAUCUCUCUUUUACAUUGGUUUGGAACUCUAUAGUGUGGCUUGUGCUUCUGAACUUCUCCGUUAAGAUAAUCACGUCGACGGCACAGGAUUAUCUCAAAAAGCAGCAGGAUAUGGAGAUGGAACGCGUUUCUGAUUCUCCGCCCCCGGAACAAAACUAACUAGCGGCGCAAGUUUAUUUCAGCUGCUAGCUGCACAGAUUCUCCUCUGCAUUUUUAGCAACUGGUUAAGCGUCUGCAGACGAUUCCAAGUUCCAACGAUUAUCAAUUAGUAUUAGUAGCUAUUCAUCUACACAGUCAACGAAAACAUGGGCCUGGCAACUGGCCGGGUGAUGGCUGUGACCUCCUAUCAUAUCAUUGAGCCUGUAGUGGGCAGUUCCUGGAGGAGAAUUCUACUGUUCUUUUUUGUUUUUCCGGACAUCUACACGGAUAGACAGUAGGGAUUGUUUGUGUGAAGCACGGUUGGCUUAUGCCGAGAUUUAGCACUGGUAGAUGUUUCUAUUUGUUUUGGAAAUGCUAUAGAAACAUGUGAGCAUUCAACAAUGAUACGCUCUGUUAAGUUUGUUGUGUAUUUUGGUUUGCAACUGGUGCCCGAAAGAGCAAACAGUGGCUCCAUCAAUUUCCUUUGGCAAGUAAAACCCCCUAUAGAAGACAUUGCUUGUCCUAAA